GGUGGGGGGGGGAGAAAGAAGGGGGCACCUUGGGAAUUCCGCCAAGGCGAGCUUAUUAAAGCCCCCCCCCCCCGCUAUGCUCCCGAACGCUCAUAGCUCGCCCAUCCGUACAAGGUGCUCCCACACGGCCGUCACCUCCACUGUGCUGAUCACAGCAAGAGAGAGCCAGCCAGCACAGCUGAGAGCCAGCCCCCGCCCUCCUCCUACACGGUUAUCAAUCAGCUGGCGAGAGCGGCGCAGGUAAACCACGUUCCUCUCGCGCGCGCAGCAGAUAUCGAACAACAACAACAAUACGAGCGGUGGAUCCAUUCGCAAUGGACAAGCAGCCGCGGUCACCAGAAGAAGCCACAUCCGCACACACGGAAGGCUCCAGGGCCAAAGCGCUCUUGUCCAGGGAGCCCAUGGGGCGUCGGCUGUGCCUGCCGCCGCUCGGGCAGGUGGUGCUGUGGGCGCUGCUGUGUGGCAUCGGGGUGAUAGUUCACUCCCUGGGGGCACGCGUGGCCAGGCUGGAAAGUAGAGCGGCAGAGGGCGGCGUGGAGGCCGUGGGCUGCGACUCGACCCCGAGGGGACCCCACAAGGCGCUGAGUCAGCUGCCCAGGGUCCGCAACAGCAGAGAGGCUGCCCCCAUCUGCAGCUGCCCCCCAGGUCCUCCAGGAAAGAGUGGAAAGAAGGGAAGAGCUGGUGUCCCAGGCCUCCCGGGGCAACCGGGGAGGGAUGGCUUUCCGGGCCCUAUCGGACUGGAUGGAAAGCCAGGGGAGCCUGGUCCAAAGGGAGACAUGGGGCCGCCAGGUCCAAGAGGCGACAAGGGCGCGCAAGGGAACCCUGGCUCAUCAGGAUCCCCUGGGCCAAUUGGCCUCCCAGGCCCCCAGGGCAUCACUGGUCCGCAGGGGCCACAAGGAUUUCAAGGCCUGCCCGGCAAAGCAGGGCAAGAGGGCCCACGUGGCCCCCCUGGGCUCAAGGGAGAAAAGGGAGCGCUCUGUUCAUCUGGUGAAAAUGUCACGAGGGAAUCUGACCACGCAGAGUCACGUGGUCCUCCUGGGCCUCCAGGUCCCCCCGGACUUCCUGGUCCCCUCGGCCUUCCCGGACAGCCAGGGCCUUUGGGAUUGAAGGGAGAAAAAGGCGAGCUUGGUGCAGCAGGACCCGCAGGACCCAGGGGUCCCUCCGGUCUGGACGGGGAACCUGGUUCUACUGACAUCCGGGACUACAACUACGGCCUUCUACGAGAUGCCAUGCAGGGUCCUCCUGGCCCCCCGGGUUUGCCAGGACCUCGCGGCCCCCAGGGAGUGAGUGGACUCCCUGGAGAGCUGGGUCCCCCCGGAAUCCCGGGGACACCAGGGCUACCCGGAUCAAUGGGGGAGCGCGGAUUCCUUGGGCCCCUGGGUCCCCCUGGUAGCAAAGGAGAUGCUGGAGAAAAGGGGGACAAGGGUGACAUGGGCUUGUCGGGGAGAUUGGGCGCGCCCGGCGAAAGGGGAGACAUCGGAGAAAAGGGCGACCGAGGACCCAUGGGCCUUCCGGGGGCAUCAGGACUGAGUGGACCAUCGGGAACAACAGGGCCAGUGGGACUUCCGGGGCCCUUAGGACCAGCCGGGCCAAAAGGCGAGAAGGGUGAGAAUGGAGAGCAUGGAAUUAUGGGAAAGCAGGGGCCACCAGGUCAUCCGGGAAGGAAUGGGCUUACUGGAAUGCCGGGACAGCCAGGGCAGCAAGGGGACAAAGGUGACAAGGGGGAACGAGGGCGCCGAAGUAAAAGAGGGCCUAAAGGCGACAAGGGGGAGCAGGGAGCCCCGGGUCUAGAUGCCCCCUGCCCUUUGGGUCCGGAUGGCUUGCCAUUACCUGGGUGCUGGCAGAAAUGAUCGGCACACCUUGCCCCAAGCAUCGCCUACAACGUGGCUCCUUUGUACAUAAGAUAUAAAUAUUCCAUUUUAUGUGGUCUUCAUUUUCACUGUUCUGCACUGUGCGUAUAUCUUUAAGUGCAUACUUGCUUUAUACAAUGACAAUAGGUGCAUAUGUGGCUUUUUACUACAAUUUAAUUAAAUGAUCUGCCCUUGCCCUCUCCCACACACAUGUAUUUAUUUCACUGGCUUUCUGUCACGUUGUUAAAUGUACGAGUAUGUCUAGAGCCACCGUGGUACGGAGGUGGACGCGGUUUGUCUGACAGUACACAGGUCCCAGAUUAAUUUCCCUGGUCAAAUUCGGCCAAAACAUCAAAAACAUUGCGUAGUCCACGGACGUGUUUGUCUGUCUGUCGUUAAACUAGUUAAACUGCAGUGAGUUGUUUUUUGCAGAUCAUUUGUGGUGAGGGAAAAAGUGUGUAGCCCCACACACUUCAUUACUUCCAAAACAGUUGUGCUAGAAUUCAGCUGGACGGACUGGGCAGCCUCGUGAGUAGAGUAGUGCAGUCAACCGGGGAGGCAUCGCCAGUUCGAUGGAUUGUCAGGAUUCAUUGCCGCCUUUCAAGAACCAUUACUUGUAAACAUCGCGGUGAUUGGUAGCACGUCUGGUGGCUGCACACGAAUGCAGAAACAUUGGUUAUUACGCGCGUGGUUCUACGAAUGUAUUAAGCUUAAUAACAGUUAUUAAUCAAUGAAUGGAUGCAUUGUUACACCCCGAGCGUUGGUAGUCUGAUAGCCCAUAUUUUAAAUGUACUUAUGACUAUAGAGCUGUUUCUGCUUUAGUUCCCCAGGUCUUAUGACAACAAGACAACUCCAAUUGGCUUUCACUUGAUUAAGUAAAUUAUUCGAUUUGUAAAGGAUAAAUGAUGUUAAGAGUGGGAGCUCCUUGGCCACGAUUAUAAGGUUGACCCGACUUAAAGUGACCGAACACAGCUAAGACAUCUUAGCUGUGAUACACAAUACCUCAAAUCUCUCCCACAUAUACCAUGCAAUUUGGGCACCUCCCAUUAUCCUUCGCAGCCAAAUGUUUUAAUCCUGUCUUCUUCUCGAGUCCUGCCACCGGCAGUUCGUCUGUUUAUCCAGUGUCUGGCACGUGGUGAUGGUGGUGAUGCGCGCCGGUCUAUAGCCUCGACGAGAUCCUCCACGAUGCACGGGCUCCUCCAGGGAACCGACAGACGCUCCGCGGCCCGCGUGUCACCCGCAGUCGUCUGUGCGUCCGGGUGUCCUCCGUAGAGCAGCACCCUCUGCCUCCGCGCGUUGACUUGUCCUACCCGCCGACCCCCCCCCCCC